CUUUCUUCCACUCUUCUACGUCACCUUAUGUUCCUCCUUCUUCUUGAAGUAUGAGUUCACCCCAGCCAUUUCCAUCUUCCUAAUUUUGACCUUCUGCAUUUCUCUGCUUAACACCAUACCUAUCUAACACCUCCUCAUUAUCUCUCUUUCCUUCACCUACAUGGCUACUGAAGUCUGCUCCAAUCAACACUCUCUACCACUUUAUCAAACUAACUGCAGAAUUCCUCUUUCUCUUCUAACUGACAUCCAACCUUCAACCUGGUCUCCUGCACACAUAGUAAAUCUACCUUCCUUCUCUCCAUUCAUAUCAGCCAGCUCUCUCCCUUUGCCAGUCAUAGUACCUCCACGCUCCUGCCUGUCCUUCUCUUUGACUCCUAACACGCUUCUCCCCUUUCCUCUUCCUUUGUCUUCGAAUAGUAGCACAGUUUCCAUCGGCUCUCUGUUGGCCAAUAGCACAGGAGGCAGUAAUUGUUAACCCAGGUACCGACUGAUCCGAUAUGGAAAUACACCAGAUGCCAUUCCUGUAACAGCCCUCUCUGUUUAUCUGGGCUUCGGAGUACACUCCCAACUCCACCCCCCAUACACUAUCAUUCAAAAAUUUGGACACCUUUUGACUUAAUGUUUGUCUGUUUUUUACUACUUUCUACAUUGUACAUACAAACUGAAGACAUGAAAUAUAUGAAGCAAUAUAUAUGGAAUUAUAUAUCAAAGAGAUAGCUGAUGUAUAACGCUAAAUGUUUUAUAUUUUAGAUUCCACCCUUUGCUUUGUUGACAACGCUGCAAACCUUUGGCCUUCUCUCAGUGAGCUUCAUGAUGUAGUCAUCUGAAAUGGUUUCACCUCACAGGUGUGCCUUGUCAGGGUUCAUUUGUGGAAUUUCUUUCUGUCUUUAUGGGGUUGGGACCACAAGUUGUGUUGUCCAGAAGUCAGGUUGGUGCACAGCUGACAGCCCUAUUUGACUACUGUUAAAAUUCAUAUUAUGGCAACAACCAAUCAGUUAAGUAAAGAGAAACUACAGUCCAUCAUUACUUUAAAAACUGAAGGUCAGUCAAUCUGGAAAAAUGCUAAAACUUUGAAUGUGUCCCCCAAGUGCAGUCGCACAAAACAUCAAGCACUACGACAAAACUGUCUCACAUGAGGCCCGCCCCAGGAAAGGAAGAGCAAGAGUCCCCUCUGCUGCUGAGGAUACAUUUAUCACCAGAAUCACAAGGAAUGGACAUCUGACCAGUGGACAUCUGUGCUUUGGUCUGAUGAGUCCAAAUUUGAGAACUUUGGUAGUAAUCAAAUCAAAGAGUGGCUACUUCGAAGAAUCUAAAAUAUAAAACAAAAUUUGAUCAUCAUUAAUGAAACUUUGAAAUAUCUGGCUUUUCCGUCAGAGCAGAUGAAAUACAUAUUUUGCAUUAAAUUGAAUCAUUUGGCCUCCAGAAGGGCUCACCCUGAGUCCAUUGUCUUACUUCAUUGUGAAGUUAUGAUAAAUAGCCUGAUAAAUAGCCUGAUAACAUAGCGAGUACUGAGGAUGAGUUUAUGGUGAUUUAAAAUGUGCCUCAAGGAUGAGAAGUGCAGAAUAUUGUGCUACACUCUGCUCCCAACUUCACUGAUGCCCUGCACCUCCCCCAUACCCCAAUAGCUGCUGCAGUGGGGGAGGGGCAGGCCAGUAUUUUCAGCACUUUGGCUGUUCUGAAGGCAAAAGAGAGUCCAAACCAGGACUAGCAAGGUGUGCCUAAUGCAGUGACCGUUUAGAGUGUGUGUAAAAAAUCAAAAGAAAUAUAUAUAUAUUUAAAAUAGAUAUGGUAAUGGUUCUUAGUUCUUUUUGACUACUGAUAAGCAUUAAGUCAAUUUAGACUGUAAGGCUAAAUGUUACUUUAGAUUAAUUUUAUUAUGCUGUUUCAUUAUGUGUUUAAACUGUAGUAAAAGCAAUGUCAGGCUUCCUUUAUUUUAUAUAAUGUACAAUGUAAAUCAGGUUUCAGAGUGAGAGCUGAGAAGUAGAGAAUACUUUGGCUCUCUGCAAUUCCUCUUUAAGAUAUCAUGACCCAUCAGUGACCCGCCCCUCCCCCCGCGCACCUGCACUGCGCUCUCAAACUUUUGCAGGGCAUUGCUUGCAUCUCAAUCAUUCAGUCAACGGACGGAGAAGCUGCAUAAUUAAACUGGUGAUUGCAAGAUUUAAAUCAAAGUUUCGGCAGGUUGAAAAAGCCAUGGCAGCAAGCCAAACACAGGAGGAGAGUGAUUGCUCUGAGCUGGAUUUCUCCAUUUGUUCAGGCUCUGAAUACGUGCCAAGUCAAAUUUCAGACUUAAGUGAUGAGGACAACCACAGUCUACAAAGUAAGACACUAAAGAUCACUGAUGUUUCUAGCGACAGUGAUAAUGAAGAACUGAGAAACAUGACUCUUAAAAAGACACCCAGAACAUAUGGGAAAAGAAAGAGAAAUGAUCAUAAGGCACAAGAGAAGGCUAAACGGACUAAACGGAAAUCAGAAGUGACUGUAAAAACAUGUACAAAAAGGGAGGACAACAAACGAGUAUGGGACAAAAAACAUUAUUGUCUUUACUGUGGGAAGUCCCAAGCAAAAAUAUCGAGACACCUGGAGAGGAAUCACAUAGAGAUAAGUGAUGUGGCAUAUGCCUUUAGCUACCCUGUUGGUUCCAAAGAAAGGAAGGAUCUUCUAGAACAACUUCGCAAUAAAGGUGACUUUAAGCACAACACCAAAGUGAUACAAAAAGGCAGAGGACAAGUCGUAACAUGGAAGCAGCCAUCUAAUAAAACCAUAGCAGGAGAAUAUUUACCUUGCCCUUAUUGCUUUGCAAUGUAUAUCAAAAAGACAUUAUGGAAACAUGCGCUGUCAUGCAAAAGUAAAAAACUGUGUGCGUCAAAAACUAGACAUCCUAGAGUACAGGGUUACGCUGCACGCCUGCUUCCAAUAAAACAUUCAUCUAAAGGAUGUCAGACUAUUAUUGACAACAUGCGACAAGAUCAAGUGUCCUUUCACAUCAGGAGUGAUUCUCUGAUUUGCAAAUAUGGAGAAUCGCUAUAUGCAAGACAUGGCCGUGUGAAGUCUAAGCACCAAUAUAUUGCGCAAAGGAUGAGGGAGCUUGGCCGUCUCAUAUUAGCUGCAAAAAAUAUGGACAGGACAGUGAAUGUACUUGAAGAUUUGUGCAAACCAUCAAAAUUCCAGUUUGUUGUCAGUGUUGCCAAGCAUCUUGCAAACUUUAGUCCAGGCAAAAAUGAAUAUGGCAAACCGUCAACAGCAGUCAAAAUUGGAUUUUGUCUUAAAGGCGCAGUCGAGGUACUGAUUGGACAGACUCUUAUGAAUGAUGAUGACUAUGCAGAGAAGAAGGCCAAAAAAUUCUUGGAACUUCUGGACAAAAACUGGAGGAACAGUGUAUCUGUCAGUGCUCACCAAACAAUACAAGAAAAGAGGUGGAAUAAACCGGAUGACAUUCCCCUCACCAAAAAUGUGAUUGCUCUGAGGGACCAUCUCCGUACCGUGGAAGGUGAAGCAAGAGAGAGUCUAAUGCAGCACAUGGAUUUGGCAGCAUACAAGGCACUGAAUGAGACUGUUUUGGCACAGGUUAUUGUCUUUAACAAGCGACGUGAAGGGGAAGCAUCACGCUUGACUCUUCAGACCUACAAGAACGUAAAAACAAGUCCCAUUAAUGAAGACAUUUACGAAACCUUGUCACCAUUAGAAAAAGAGCUAAGCAAGCUAUUAACCCGCAUUGAAAUCAGGGGGAAGAGAGGCAGGAAAGUGCCAGUUUUUUUGAGCGACAGAAUGAAGGAGUCAAUCGAUUUGUUGGUGAAAAACAGAGAAGCAGCUGGUGUACCUGCUGAAAACCCCUAUCUCUUUGCUAGACCUGGUGGGAUGACACACAUACGUGGAUGUGACUGCCUACGAAAAUAUGCAAACCAAAGCAAAGCAGAAAACCCUGAGCUUCUGAGGUCAACUAAAUUAAGAAAACAAGUUGCCACACUUUGCCAACUCCUCGAUCUUAAUGAUCAAGAGCUCGAGCAAGUUGCAAGAUUCAUGGGACAUGACAUCAGAGUUCACCAGGACUUUUACAGACAGACAGACAAAACCUUUCAAAUUGCCAAGAUAAGCAAGCUUCUGUUUGCAAUGGAGGGAGGCGCUGGCACCUUAAGGGGCAAGAACCUCAGCACCCUGGAGGUUUCUGUUGCUGGUGUAAUUUCCCCAGCUCCCAGCCCUCCAGCUAGUCAAAGAGACCCAGGCAGACUGAAGGAACAAGACACAGAGGUGGAUGAAAACAAUAAUGUGGUCUUCGCAAGCAGUGAUGAUGGCUGUUCUGAUAGUGGUGUCACAGGUGAAAGUCCCAUAGCAGCUACUCAGAGUGAUCCUCAGGGAAAUGAGGAGGAGGAGAAAGGAGGAGGCAGUGAGAUGGAUGAAGACGAUAGUUCUCAGCAUUUCGCAGAUGUAAAUGGUGAGUUUAAGCAUUUGUCUGAAAUGUAGUAACACUGUUG